AACGCAUUCAUUGUCUUUGUUGACAAUUUCAAUAAUUUUGCGAAUGAUUUUUUGAAAAUAAUUCCAAGCAUAAUUCUUAAAAGAAAUGGAAGAAGAAUGUGCAAUUUGUUUACAAAAAUAUCUCUACCCAGUGACAUUACCAUGCAAACACACAUUUUGCUUUCUCUGCAUAAAAGGAAUCCGUAGCUCAUCAGCGAACAAGAAAUGUGCAUUAUGUCGGGUUGAUUUCUCUCUUGAUGUUCUCGAACAACAACUUGCUAUUGCACCACCAAAAAUAGAGAAUGAAUCUCAAUUGAUUUCGACACAAUGCGCCAAUUUAGAACUUCAGAUCCAACUCGUCACAGAAAAGGGAAUCGCUGGGUUGAAACUUCAAGAUCAAAAUAAUACUCCAGAUAAUGGUGCUUCAGUUUGUGAUAACUUAGAUAGCUCAAAUGAAGAAGGACCAAGUGUAGCUUCAAAUUAUUCACAAAGUCAAUCUCAAAAUUCAUCAGUUGAUCAAUCAACCGAACAACUGUCAAGUCCUGGAAGCGAUCUUGACACUUCA